CCUCCCUGAUAUCCCUGCCUCGCCAGCCUCAAGAUGGCCGCCUUGUGGCGUCUCUGGCGCUGUUGAAUGGAGAAAUCUUUAUUGUUCCCUUCGGGCAGGAGUGUUCGUGUCCUCUAUGGCGCUGUCAAUAAAGAACGGCAGUUUGAAUCGGUGCUGAACAGACCAGAACCAGACUGCCUGAGUGUGGACCUUGACCUAGCUGUGUAACUCUGGGAUCUAGUGCUGAUCCUCACAAAGCAGGUUCUGGAAGAAGAGAGGAAGAGACGGCCUCGCGGCAGAGCCGAUCCGAUGGAGCUCCCCAACUACGGCCGGCAGCUGCUCCAGCAGCUCUACACACUGUGCAAGGAGCAGCAGUUCUGUGACUGCACCAUUUCCAUUGGGACCAUUUACUUCAAGGCCCACAAACUUGUCCUGGCCGCUGCCAGCCUCCUCUUCAAAACCCUGCUGGACAACACAGACACCAUCUCCAUCGAUGCAUCCGUGGUGAGCCCCGAGGAGUUCGCCCUCUUGUUAGAGAUGAUGUACACUGGCAAACUACCUGUGGGCAAGCACAACUUCUCCAAAAUCAUCUCUUUAGCCGACAGCCUCCAGAUGUUUGACGUGGCUGUUAGUUGUAAAAAUCUUCUGAGUAGCCUUGUAAACUGCUCUGUUCAGGGUCAGGUGGUGAGGGAUGUCUCCAUGCCACCCUUGGAGUCAUUCAGGAAAGAGUCGGAGAAGCCUGAAGUAGAAAUCCUUUCUUCAGAGGGUGCGGGAGAGCCUCCUCCUCCCCGGGAGGGCUCCACCCCGGUGAAGGCCGAGACACAGGAAGCUGUCCCUACGGUUGCACAAGAGAUGAGUGUGGGUCCUUCCCCUGCCCAGGAGCUUCAGGGGGACGCAGACGCGCCAGUGGAGACUCCUCUCACUGCAGAAGUCUGUCCUUCCUCCCCUGUCCAAGCCUUCAGUGAGGCAAAGGAGGCCAGCACAGAACCAGAGUAUGAGACAAAACACUCCCAGAUGAAUUUUCUUCUAGAAAAUGAAAGUAUCUUCUCUGACGCACUCUUGGUUACCCAGGAUGUUUUAAAAAAACUAGAGGAAUGUUCAGAAAUUAAAGGUAUACAGAAGGAGACCAUGAUGGGAUGUCUUGUGGGUGCAGAAGGACGUUCAGCAUUCCAGAGAAUCCUGGAUAAAGUAAGAGAUGAGAGCCUGGAUGUUCCGACUGUUGUGUCCCUGCUGAGGCUGUACCAGGAUUCUAAUCCUGCAGUGAAGACAGCACUGUCAGGUGGAAAGCCAGAGGAUGGGGAAGCCGUGCAGCCAAGAGGGAGCAUAGGAGCGGGAAAGACCUUGUCCGCUCUGUUACUAGAACACAAAGAGGACCUGAUCCAGUGUGUAACCCAGCUGAGACCUAUUAUGGAACUCCUGGAAACAGCCACAGAGGAAUUCCUGCCCGGCACUGAGAAAAGGGUGAUUCUGAAUUGCUGUGAGAGCGGAACACCCAAGGAGACAAUAGAAAAGUUGUUGCACAGAAUGUCUGAGGAGAGGACCCUGACUGCGGAGAGUUUGGUAAAAGUCCUUCGGGCUGUGAAGAUGGCGUUCCCGGACUUGGGCCUCCUGCUGGAGAAUUUGCAGAAACUAGCCACUUUGCCGAGCACCCCAGUGCAAGCGAGCCCUGAAGAUUAUGGGACUGAGCUAUUGAGACGGUAUCACGAAAACCUCUCUGAGAUUUUCACAGACAACCAGAUGUUAUUAAACAUGAUCCCGCACCUGAAGAGUUUAGCCCCUGGAGAAAGAGAGGUCAUGGAGACGCUGGUGAAACGUGACUCUGGUUCGGGUGGUUUCAGUUCUUUGAUGUCAGCAGUUCUAGAAAAGCAGACUCUCUCCGCGACAGCCGUGUGGCAGCUGCUGCUGCUGGUUCAGGAGACAAAGGCCUGCCCGCUGAGCCCGCUCAUGGAGGAAAUGCGAAGGGAGCCGGGCGCCGGCGCUUUCUUCCGGGCAGUGACCACCCCAGAAAGUGCCGCCUUAGGAACCAUCCUGAGGCACCGCACAGUGAUCCUGGAGGCCAUCCAGCACACGCUUGAACUCAAGGGCUUCACCUCAGAGGAAGAGCGCCUGGCGGAGGCUGUGAAAGAGAUUCUGAGCAUCUCCUCUGAGACAGCCAGCCCUGAAGCUUCCCUGCGAGCAGUGCUGAGCAGAGCCACAGAGAAAUCGGUGUCGGCCACUGAGAUGUGUCAGCUCCUGUGCAGCGCCCGCCGCUGCUUCCCAGGCCUGCAACCUGUCGUGCAGGAGUUAGCUCACACUGGUUUCCUUACUCAGGAAAAUGGGGAGAAGGACAGGUGGAAGGUGAGUAAUAAAUUCCACCUGGGAGCCAACAACAAAGCUGCUGCGAAGGCAGCUGAGCCCGCUGAAGAAGACUGCCAGUCCCGGAAGCAGAGCGACCAAGGGGAGGCUCGGGCCUCGCCAGGACAAGAGGAAGAUACUUCUGCCUCCCCUGACUCUGCCAAGAAGAGCUUUGUGUGUAAGGCCUGUGACAAGAGCUUCCAUUUCUACUGCCGCCUGAAGGUGCACAUGAAGCGCUGCCGGGUGGCCAAGAGCAAGCAGGUGCAGUGUAAGGAGUGCAGUGAGACCAAGGAUUCUAAGAAAGAGCUGGAGAAGCAUCAGCUGGAGGCCCAUGGUGCAGGGGGAGAGGCUGACGUCCCCAAGAAGAAGAAGAAGAGGCUUCCAGUGACCUGUGACCUCUGUGGAAGAGAAUUUGCUCAUGCCUCAGGCAUGCAGUACCACAAGCUGACCGAGCACUUUGAUGAGAAGCCUUUCUCCUGCGAAGAGUGUGGGGCAAAGUUUGCAGCCAAUUCUACCCUGAAGAACCACCUCCGCCUCCACACUGGGGACCGCCCGUUCAUGUGCAAGCACUGCCUCAUGACCUUCACCCAGGCCUCGGCCCUGGCCUACCACACCAAGAAGAAGCACUCAGAAGGAAAAAUGUACGCGUGCCAGUACUGUGAUGCUGUGUUUGCCCAGUCCAUCGAGCUGUCCCGCCAUGUGAGGACCCACACCGGGGACAAGCCCUAUGUCUGCAGGGACUGUGGCAAGGGCUUCCGGCAGGCCAAUGGCCUCUCCAUCCACCUGCACACCUUUCACAACAUAGAAGAUCCGUAUGACUGCAAGAAGUGCAGGAUGAGCUUCUCCACUCUGCAGGAUCACCGCAAGCACAUCCACGAGGUGCACUCCAAGGAGUACCACGCCUGCCCUACGUGUGGGAAGAUCUUCAGCGCCCCCUCCAUGCUGGAGCGCCACAUGGUGACGCACGUUGGAGGGAAGCCCUUCAGCUGCGGGAUCUGCAACAAAGCCUACCAGCAAUUGUCUGGUCUGUGGUACCACAAUCGGACCCACCACCCUGAUGUGUUUGCUGCUCAGAACCACCGAUCUUCUAAGUUCUCAUCACUCCAGUGCAGCUCGUGUGACAAAACCUUUUCCAACACCAUUGAACACAAGAAGCACAUCAAAACAGAGCACGCAGAUAUGAAGUUCCAUGAAUGUGAGCAGUGUAAGGAGAUCUUCCCCACGCCAGCUUUGCUUCAAGUUCACAUCAAGUGCCAGCACUCAGGCUCGCAGCCAUUCAGGUGCUUGUACUGUGCAGCCACCUUCCGCUUCCCCGGAGCACUGCAGCACCACGUCACCACGGAGCACUUCAAGCAGUCGGAGAGCACCUUCCCCUGUGAGCUCUGUGGGGAGCUCUUCACCUCCCAGGCCCAGCUGGAGGGUCACCUGGAAUCGGAGCACCCAAAGGUGACGGGCACUGAGACCCAGGCAGCAGCCUCGCAGGUGGUGCAGGUGAUCCAAACCCCGGAGCCAGCCGCCUCAGCAGAGCAGGUGAUCACUUUGGAGGAGACCCAGCUUGCUGGAUCGCAGGUGUUUGUGACGUUGCCGGACUCGCAGACGUCUCAGACCAGCUCUGAGCUCGUGGCGGUGACCGUGGAGGAUCUGCUGGACGGGACCGUGACCCUGAUCUGUGGUGAGGCCAAAUGAGUGGCUGCCCAUCGGUGAAGGGGCCUGCGCUUGCAGCAAAGAGAAAGCUCUGUGGCGGGCCCUUUGCUCUCCGUCCCUGGCUGUCCUGCAUGAUGAGCAUCUUAGCCCAGCACCAACCAAAAUGGCCUCACUUGGAAAAUAGAUGGAAGACGUGUCAUUGUUCUCACAGCACCAACAGUGCCAACCCACCGCCCUCCCACAGGCUGGCCGUGGCCUCCGGGACACUGUCCAUCCCUCAGCAGAGCAUAGCUUCUGAAAUAGAGUUGGAAAGCCAUGGGCAGGAGCUGGUGACCAGGUAAGCAGAGAGGUGCCAGGAGCCCGCAGCCUUCUGCACAGAAUGGCAGGUGUGGGGCUGCAGGUGCUGUCAGUGCCUUCUGCCCACGUAAGAAUGAGAGAAAAGCACCCACGGACCAUCCAGGGGCCCCCAGUCUUGAGCACACUUGGCUCCUUCCUCCCAUCUCUCACCCCCCCAGCUGCUGGUCAUGGACAGGAGCAGCCUGUGAACAUCAAGGCCUCCUCUACCUGGGACUCCCACCCGGGCAGCGCCGUCAGCCCUUCCGCAAGUGAAGCCUUGGGAGAGUUCCUGCUGGACGUGUUCAGUGAGGCCAU